UUAGUACGGCGGUGGCAGCGUUUGACAGUUUCAUUCAGUUUCAUUCGGAUUCUGAAUCCAGUCAAACAGUGUUUAGGCGCAGCUGUGUACGUACCAAAAUCUUCGAAUUCCUGAUUGCAAAGAGAAAAAUUCGCGCUAAACCAUUCAAACCGACAAGUGAAGCAGUUUUCACCACCCAGACGACAACGAAGACAAAUUCAGGCCUGAAUUUAAUCAAAUGCAUGCAGUGUAGGAGUAGUAGAGAUACUAAUUGAACCUCUGGCGAAAAUCGUUUUUGAAAUGGAUACCAAAAUGGCAUUCGCAGGGCUAAAGAAGCAGAUCAACAAAUGCAACCAGUACAUGACGGAGAAGAUGGGAGGAGCAGAAGGGACAAAGUUGGACCUGGACUUCAUGGAAAUGGAGAGGAAAACCGAUGUCACCUAUGAACUGGUCGAGGAACUGCAAAUGAAAACCAAGGAAUACUUGCAGCCGAAUCCAACUGCUAGGGCCAAGAUGGCUGCCGUCAAAGGCAUUAGUAAGUUGAGCGGCCAAGCAAAAUCCAACACCUAUCCUCAACCGGAAGGUGUCCUUGGUGAUUGCAUGCUCCAUUACGGCCGUAAGUUAGGAGAUGACAGUAUGUUCGGGCAGGCCAUGGUUGAAAUGGGCGAAUCCUUGAAGCAAAUGGCCGAUGUGAAAUACUCACUUGAUGACAAUAUUAAGCAAAACUUUUUGGAGCCCUUGCAUCACCUUCAAACGAAAGAUAUAAAAGAGGUCAUGCAUCAUCGGAAAAAAUUACAGGGAAGACGACUCGAUUUCGAUUGCAAACGCAGGAGGCAGGCCAAAGAUGCAAAACUUAAGGGCGCACUGAGCCCUUACUCAAGCCCUGUUAAGACUCAGGGCCGAAGUACUGAUGAUGAGAUUAAGAUGGCCGAGGAUAAAUUUGCUGAAUCUCUGCACCUUGCUCAAAUGGGAAUGUUUAACUUGCUGGAAAAUGAUGUGGAGCAAAUCUCUCAGUUAGCCACGUUCGCAGAGGGGAUGUACGAAUAUCAUAGCCAGUGCGCUGAAGUAUUGAAAACACUAACCGAGACUUUGUUGGAAAAGAAAGACGAGGCGGCCAAUCGUCCGAAGAUCGAGUUUGUACCGAAAUCACUUGCAGAUCUUAAUAUAGAGGCGGUGUCGGAUAUGAAUGGUACAUUUAAUUCCAUAAUUCCAACAGCUCCGCCACCCGCAUACACACCUCAUAAUUUCCCUCCUCCCGCAUAUAGCAUAAACAACAAACCUCCAAUCACCAACAAACCUCAAACCAUGCCCAGACCAGAUCCAUUUGACCCCUGGAACUGUACAGGCUCGUCACAACUGUCUUCACCACAACACAAGCCUCAUCAGUUAGAGUUGCUACCUGGACAGCAUUCUGCUAAUGCAUCUCCGUUGCCGUCCCCGAUGAAAUCUCCGGCCAAGACUCCGUUGGCUAGGGCUCCAUGCUGCACAGCUUUGUACGAAUUCGAGCCAGAGAAUCCAGGCGAGCUGGGAUUCAAGGAAAACGAAGUGAUCACUUUGAUAAAUAAGAUCGACGAGAAUUGGUUCGAGGGCAGUCUGAAUGGCCGCACAGGAUACUUUCCAGUGUCUUACGUGAAGGUCGAUGUGCCUUUACCAUGAGUGACCGGCUAGGGUGGACGUAAAAGCAACAUGCAAA